AUGGUAAAGCAAGAGACAACCAUUGCAGAAUCCCAUCGCAAUAUUCUGAACCCAAAUGAACAGAAUGGGCAGUCGUCUAAGGCCGUGACUGAAUAUGGGCAGAAUGCAUUUCAGUCUGUUGAGACCGCGCUAGUUUCAUGUCGUGAUACUGAGACUCCUGCAUCUGACAGUGUCACAACGCCUACGCUAUUGUCUGACGAAGUGAUCGAAAAAAUCGGAUCUGAAAAUAGCCUCAACCAGCAGCAAUGGAUAGCUUUCCAUAUUAUUGCAAAUUUUUUCGUAAAGAGACACGUGGACGGAUGUAGUGAUGAUGCUGAUUGCCUCACAAUGCUAAUGAUGGGUCCUGGUGGCACUGGGAAGACACAUGUAGUGAAGGCUGUUCGCGCAGUUAUGCAGUAUUAUGGCUGCGGCCACAUGAUCCGAUUUCUUGCUCCUACUGGAUCUGCUGCUGCUCUCAUUGAUGGUAUGACUGUGCACAAAGGUCUGGGUAUUACAAUCAAGUCCAACAACAAGGGAAAGGGGAAUCGCAAACCUGGUGAGAGUACUCAGGAUUACACGGUUGUCAUAAGUGUCAGUAGUCGCGUCCAGCUUCAUGAGGAGUGGAAAAGUGUUGAAUUCCUCCUCAUUGAUGAGGUGUCACUUGUUAGCCUUCAGCUUCUAGCUGAAAUUGAUCAUGCACUG